ACGUGUGACUUGUAUCGGCCGGCACUUCUUCCUUGACCUUUUGGACGAAGAUAGAAGAAAAAAAGAAGUAUCAUAGAACAUACUGCAAGGGGAGAAUAGUGUGGUCUUUUAUUAUUAGUACACUUAUUCAAUAGUUUAUGAACUGAUAUUUGCCGGCGACAAAAUAUUCUGCAAUACCAUUCAUUCGACUUUUAUGGAUACUGAUUUGACGCGUCAGUACAGUUCGCCCACUCCAGUGUCGGCAUCGACUGCCGCUCUCUAUCGACAAUUCAAGUCAUCAGCAUCAUCCCACGUAGCUUCACAAAUUGGCAAUAUUCCAGAGUCGCAGGAACUGCUAAGUAUCAAGGCCGAUUUGGAAAGAUUGUUGCCUCAUUCGGAAGCAAGACUACGGCAUCUAAAGAAGGAAUUGAAUCAUCUGGAGAAAAAUGUGAAAAUCCGUGAAGCCAAUGAUACUGGAACGCAUAAGAAACAGCCAUCUUCCGGAAAGAAUGUCAACGCUAUGCUGGAAAAAAUGCGGAUCAAGCAGGAAGCCUCUGGUUUAGAUGAUCCAUCGGAUCUGUCACCGUCAUCGCCUUCGAUACCAAAGAGUCAGAUGGACAGACAAGCUGCCUUGGAAACCUUGCGACGACGACGACGAAGGGAAGAUGUCGAUUCAACUGAUGAUGAACUUAAACAUUCAGACAGUCGCCGAGAAUCACCUCAUCACAUUGUGAAAAUCAAAAAGCUUGAAGGCGUACCUUCGCUCACCUCUCGAAGCAUGUCUCCACCCUCCAUACCACGAUCACAAAGUCAUUCCAAACACACCCCAAAAUCCGUCGAUAACACUUAUUUAAAGAAGAAAAAGGUCUCGGGAUCUUCGAGUAAAAUGUCAUCGUCUGCUGCUGCAGGACGAGGGCACGGUAUCAACGAAGGCUAUCCUCCUUCAUCGCAAGGCAAACAUAACAAGCCCAAGCCCUCCAAUCACGCCACAGGCAGCACCAAAAACAGUAACGAUGUGGAUUUUGUCCGAGUGAAAGCCAAAGAUCAAAUUCCUAUCCUAACUUUCUGGACUCAUCUCGAACCUUAUUUUCGUCCGUUGAGCGAGGAAGAUAGAGAAUUCUUGCUGGAGAAGCCAGAUAAUUCCAAACUAUUUUCAAUACCUGCGCUCGGCCGAUCUUAUUUGGAAACAUGGGCAGAGGAAGACCGAGAAACAGGACAUCAGAGUCGGACCCACUCACCUGCUGGAUUUCGGCACGGCAGUCAUGAUUCGACGUUGGGCGGUCCAUCGCAGGAACGGUUAAAAUACCUUGGUCCGGGAGAUACAUUGACGGAUGAUUACUUGUUAAACGAUGAUUUAUGCUGCGGCACUUUGACGGAGCGACUGUUGAGCAGUUUAGUUCCUGAAGAAGUGGAUGAUGCAUUAGAAGUAUCGAUGGGGAUGGGUGCCGACGAUGACGACCGUCAGAGCAACUUGAGUGACGAUGAAGGACGAAGUGAUCACUAUUUUGAAGGUAGAACCAUUGCCGAAAUGUCAAGCGAGCCACCAGAAGAUCUUUUGGAUUUUGAAGAACGCUUAAAACGUGAAUUGCAAUACGCCGGCUUGUUUGGUGAAGAUGGAGUGGAUUGGAGUACUCGUGAAGAUGAUGAAAUCUGUGCAGAGUUACGAUUUUUGCAAAGAGAACUAAAGGAACAGGGGAAGGUCAAUGAAUUCCGGAAAAAACGAUUACUAGACGUAGUGGAUCGUCAACUGCAAUACGAACAGUAUCGACAUGUACUGGAUAAUCUCGAUGCUCAAGUGGAUCAGUGUUAUAUGAAACGAUUCCGUAUUCAAAAGUCCAAGAAACGAAAAUCAACCUCUGCGCCGAAAACGACGUUAUCCGAAAACGCAAUAUAUGCCAUGGAGAAACGAAAGACGUGGAUCAAUGCGCUGGAAGGGAUAUUCAAAGAUAAAAAUCUUGUGAUGCCUACCAGGAGCAUCUAUGAGACAGACGGAGAAGAAGAAGACCCUUCACCAUCCGAAGGACACACCAGAUCGUAAAACGAUGAAUUGGCCGACUCUCUUUUCCCCCCUAUUGUAUAUUUUCCUUUUCUUUUUUGUUUCUAUUAUUUCCCUCUUCUCUUCUUUUUUUAUUGGCCUUUGCUCUCUCAUCUCAUCAAUUCGUCAUCUCACUAUUUUACUUGAUGUGUGAUCCCUCUUUUUUAUUUUAUUCUUUUUUUCUUCGCUUUACCACUUCGUAUCUGUUUCUUUCUUUCUCUCCUUUUUCUUACCUCUCUUA